AUGGAAGAAGAAACUACCACUCAAUCGAAGCCAUUAGAUGAUGAAGAUAUAAAUAUAUUGAAAUCAUAUGGCUCUGGUCCAUAUUCGAAGACCAUUAAAAAGGUAGAAGGAGACAUAUCAGGACUCCUUGUUAAUAUAAAUAAAUUAUGUGGUGUAAGAGAAAGUGAUACAGGAUUGUGCUUACCGAAUCAAUGGGAUUUACAAUUAGAUAAGCAGAUGUUAAAUGAAGAACAACCUUUACAAGUUGCUAGAUGUACAAAAAUUAUUAAUGCUGACACUGAUCAAACAAAAUAUAUUAUUAAUGUAAAACAAAUAGCUAAAUUUGUAGUAGGAUUAGGAGAUAAGGUAGCUCCAAGUGAUAUUGAAGAAGGAAUGAGAGUAGGUGUUGAUCGUACUAAAUAUAAAAUUCAAAUAUUAUUACCUCCAAAAAUUGAUCCAAGUGUUACUAUGAUGACUGUUGAAGAAAAACCUGAUAUUACUUAUAAUGAUAUUGGUGGAUGUAAAGAACAGUUAGAAAAAUUAAGAGAGGUUGUUGAAAUGCCAUUAUUACAACCUGAAAGAUUUGUAACCUUAGGUAUUGAUCCACCUAAAGGAGUAUUAUUAUAUGGUCCUCCAGGUACUGGUAAAACCUUAACAGCUAGGGCUAUUGCUAAUAGAACUGAUGCAUGUUUUAUUUGUGUGAUUGGUUCAGAAUUGGUUCAGAAAUAUGUUGGAGAAGGGGCUAGAAUGGUUAGAGAAUUAUUUCAAAUGGCAAAAUCUAAAAAGGCUUGUAUUUUAUUUAUUGAUGAAGUUGAUGCUAUUGGAGGUUCAAGAGGUGAUGAAAGUGCUCAUGGAGAUCAUGAAGUACAAAGAACAAUGUUAGAAAUUGUUAAUCAAUUAGAUGGAUUUGAUAAUAGAGGUAAUAUUAAGGUACUGAUGGCUACUAAUAGGCCAGAUACCUUAGAUAGUGCAUUAGUAAGACCUGGUAGAAUUGAUCGUAGAAUUGAAUUCAGUUUACCAGAUUUAGAAGGUAGAACACAUAUAUUUAAAAUACAUGCUAAUACUAUGAAUAUGAGUAGAGAUGUAAGAUUUGAACUUUUAGCUAGAUUAUGUCCUAACAGUACAGGUUCGGAUAUAAGAAGUGUCUGCACUGAAGCAGGUAUGUUUGCUAUAAGAGCAAGAAGAAAAACUAUUACAGAGAAAGAUCUAUUAUUAGCAAUUAAUAAGGUCAUACAUGGAUGUAAGCAAUUCUCAGCAACGGGAAAAUAUAUGGUAUACAAUUAG